AUGGAUCCAUUUUUAUUAGAUCAAUUUAAAAAUAUAAAAAAACAUAUUAGAAUAGGGGAUAGAAAAAGUGCAGUUACUUCAUUAGAAGAACUUGAAAAAAACAUCGAAAUUUAUGAAAAUGAAAAAAAAAAUUUAAAUAAUUUUAUGCAUAAUUUCAAUAUUUUUCUUAAAACAAACAAUCAGGUAUUAGAAAAGUAUAAUUUAGAAAAUCAAAACAAUAUCAAUCAGUCAAAUAGUAGUGAAAAUUUUUUCAAUUCUAUAUUUACCAGUUUUAGAGGCUCCAAAGGAAAUAAAGGUAGUAAUAACAUCGACAAAAAUUCUAAUACUUAUUGGUAUAAAGAUAAUAAUAUGAACAAUAAUAAUAAUGAUUAUAAUUAUAAUUAUAAUUAUAAUAGUAAUAAUAGAACAAAUAUUAAAGAUAAUAACUAUAGUUAUAACAAUAGUUAUAAUAAUUAUAAUCAUAGUAAUAAUCAUAGUAAUGAUUAUAAUUAUAACAAUAGUUAUAAUAAUUAUAAUAAUAGUAAUAGUAGUAUAGAAAAUAGUAUGAAUAAUCUUAUUAAAGAUUAUGGUUAUAAUAGUUAUGAUAAUAUUAAUAAUAAUAAUAAUAAUAAUAAUAAUAAUAUUAAUAAUAUUAAUAAUAUUAGUAAUAUUAAUAGUAUAAAUAAUAAUAAUAGUUAUAAUAAUAAAGAAAGUAUGGAAAUUGAAAGAAAAAAUAAUAAUAUAAAUUAUAUGAAUAAUAUGAGCAAUAUAAAUAAUAAUAUCAAUAAUAGUUUAAAUACUAAUAAGAAUUUUAAUAAUUUUAAUAAUAAUAAUAAUUAUAUUAAUAGUAUAAAUAAUAAUUAUAAUAAUAUUAAUAACAAUGAUAAUAUGGAAAUAGAAAGAAAAAACUAUAUUAUGAAUAUGGACAACAUAAAUUAUAAUAUCAAUAAUAGUAAUAACACUAGUAUUGCUACCAAUAUCAAUCCCAAUAAUAUAAAAUCACAUGAUACUUGUAAUGAUAAUAACCGAGAACAAAACAAAAUAAUUAUAUCAUCAUCAAGCUCCCCUAUUGCGUCGAGUGAACAGUUUGAGGGUACCAAAAAUAAAAGUAAUAGUGAUAAUAUUAAUACUAGUAAUAAUAACAAUAAUGACAAUAUAAAUAAUAAUAUUAACAAUAAAAGCAUCUCUGAUAAUAUAACAACCCAAUCAAAAUUGAAAAAUAAACUUAAAACAAUUUAUUUUUAUUCGAGCAUGGGCGAUAAAGAUUAUUACUCCUCAAUUUCAAAUUAUUUUGCCUCCAAUUUACCGUUUAUUAAAGAAGAGACUAAAAAUUCAAAUGUUUUAAUUUUAGAAAAAUUUAAUAAAAAUAGCAUGGAUACUGCGGAUAGUGGCGGCGAUAACGAUAGCGAUAGCAGCAGUGGUUCCCAAUCCGAUAAAAAGAAAACCAUUUUAUAUCUAAAAAGUUGUGGUGCCAGAAGACUUAACUAUGAUUCAUUUCAAAAUGAUAUCGAGUCAUUGGCUUCAAAUCAGAACCAUAUUGUUAUUUUGGUAAUAAUUUUAAUUGGAUCAAAUGCCGAAGCUAUUUUAAUUGACUACCCUGGUUAUAAAAUAUUUUUCAAUACUUUUCAAAAUAAAGUCUGCGAAAACGAUUUUAAUAAAGAAUCAUUAAAAACACUUUGUAGAUUAAUUAAUUAA